AUGCCAUCCCCUCCACCUCUACCACUUUCUCUCAGCUUGAGCAUUGGAGCAAAACUCAGCAUCUUCAGAUCCUCCUCUCCUGGUCUAUGCCAACAACUGAAGUCAUGAAUGUAGGUAUCUAUGUGUGUGUGAUCCUGGCUGCCUUGUCCAGUGGCUCCCUGAGUCUGCCUUCACAGUCAAUGAGAGCUGAGAGUCCUCCUCGGCUAACAGAAAGCCUCCACGCUCCGUCCCCCAGCCACAUUCGCCAGGCCCGCUCCGCUCCAGAGCCGCCGUCAGACCAGUUUAAACACUACAGCCAGCUCCGUGAGAACGCCGAGGCUCCCAGCAGCCUGAGCCAGCUCCUGGCCAGACUCAUCCCCAGGAAAGGCUCUCCCUUCCAGAUCAGAUCCUCCCUCAGCAGCAGAGCCGUGGCCCCCAGCCACAGGAUAAAGGACAGAGAUUACCUUGGCUGGAUGGACUUUGGACGACGGAGUGCGGAAGAAUAUGAAUAUUCUCCGUGAAGCCUCAGCUGGCUUUCCUCCUCCCCUGUUACAGCCCCCCCCCCCCCCCAAGACCCCCAGUUAAAGCCAGCACAAUCACAUAGCAAUUACUAUUUUUCACAACAUACUGUAGGAUCCUGCAACGAGAUUAGCGCCACAUGACAAGUUAAGAGUAAAGCAGACAACAAUGAAGAUUUUAAUUCUGAUAAAAGACAUUUAGAAGAUCAUAAGCAGUAUUUUUCUCAUCUCUGAUCAUUUCUUUUUCUCCUCAAAAUGAAUCAUUUCAUUAAAGAGAGAAGCUCUUAAACCAGCUGAGACCUGCAGUUGAGACCUGCAGUUUUUCUAACCCAUCAUUUUGGACUAUUUCAAGUGUUUGCCAAAUACAGAUUAAUGCUUUAGUAACUAUUUAGGAGAGCGGAUGGUUUGUAUGAGUUUUGACCCAGAAUUAAGCACAAAUGCAUCAAACAGCUGAACA